UCAAUUAUCCAUUGAGCCAGUGGUUGGGCAGAGAGAUCAUAGCUGGCUGUGUGUGUAAACCAUUCAGCGAAAGGUAAUAUAUACUGAUUUAUUCUAGCAGAUUGAGGUAAUUUUCUAAACCCGCAGCAUUUCAAAGAUAAGUAAGAGGUGUGAAAUAGACUAUUUAAUUAGGUCUGUCUCCCCAACGCACUAAGAUAGCAGCAGUGAGUUCACAUAUGGUGGAAAAGGUGUUUGUUAGAAUAUUUUUAGUUUAAUGUUCCUUCUAUUAUGUGAUAUUUAAUGUAAAAUGAGCAGCAUUCUAGGUUCUUUUUCGUAAUGUAGUUUCCAUUUUCAGCAUUUUUGGUUUUCUGCAUGCAGCCUCGAAGACAGCAUAAUUCGUUCCUUCCUUUCUUUCUGUAGCCUAAAUCCCUACGUCGUUUAUCCAUAUAGUCCUCAGGAAAAUGCAGAUAUGUAUCCGAGAGGGCGUAUAAUGCAUCCAUGAUCCACAGGAAUCCUGAAUCCUUGCAGCUGAUUGGCUGCUGGGUCCUGCCUCUUGUUGGGAUGGACCUGUUGGAUAAAAGGACCAUUUUCUAAAGGACUAUGUGUUACACAGUGGAUCAUGCACUGGGGACCUUCCUGUAAGACGGUAUAAUAAGAAAUAAGCCUUUCAAGUAGCAUCGAAGACAUCAUGACUGGGAAACAAGGCGCCGUGCUGUCGGAAAGUUUAAAUAUAUCGGAGAGGACCUCUCUGGGCGCAAAUGGAGGGAGUAACAGCCACCAGCCGAAGAGCAGCGCGACCCAUCCGCCGCCCAGGUGCACCGGCUUUGGCAUCCAGGAGAUACUGGGGCUGAACAAGGAACCGUCUGUGGCCCCGAGACACCCUCUGGGCUCGUUGCCGGCCGGGGCGCAACUGAUCGCCGCCAGGUCCGUGCUGGGCCCCGCUGGCGUGGGAGUCGGGAUGGGAUUAAUCGGCCCUGGUGGAAUUCCGUCGUUUUACAGCCAACCUGCAUUUUUGGAGACUGUGCUGUCGGACGCACACGAUGUUCACCUGCAGCCCCACAGCAGGUCCGCAGGGCCGCUGGACACCAGCCAGUCCGCCAGCUCAGACUCGGACGAUUUGUCUUCAAAUGAACGAAAACUCUCAAAGUCAUCAGUAAGUCAGAGCAAGAAACGCAAGAAAAGACGUCACCGGACCAUAUUCACCUCAUAUCAGCUGGAGGAGCUGGAAAAGGCCUUUAAUGAAGCGCACUACCCGGAUGUUUACGCGCGAGAGAUGCUGGCCAUGAAAACAGAGUUACCUGAAGACAGGAUACAGGUGUGGUUUCAGAACCGCAGAGCCAAGUGGAGGAAGAGGGAGAAAUGCUGGGGCCGCAGCACUGUGAUGGCUGAGUAUGGGCUGUACGGUGCUAUGGUGAGGCAUUCAAUCCCCCUGCCAGAGUCCAUCCUCAAGUCUGCCAAGGACGGCAUCAUGGAGUCCUGUGCCCCCUGGCUGCUUGUCCAAGAUGGCUUACCAAUCAACAGACGCUAUUCUAAAUCUGAAUACCCGCAACUCUUUGCAGGGAUGCACAAAAAGUCCAUGGAGGCUGUCGUCCCCCCGCCUACAGGAAAGUGCGAUGAGCCCCUGCAGCCGAGCUCUCAGAGGGCAGAAGAUUCGGAGGCGGAGGAGAAGAGAUCGGAGGGCAAGUCCACCAUUUCUAAAGAGGAACUGAGAGAGAACAGCAUUGCCGCACUCAGGGCCAAGGCACAGGAACACAGUGCCAAAGUGCUGGGGACGGUUUCUCACGACAGACAGCCGGAGGGCAAACAGGAGAGACAGGCGGCCGAGGAGAAAGCCAGCGAUCCCUUGAGUCCAGCAGAGGAGGCGACAAGUCCGUAGAGACGAUCGAGUACCUGAGGACUGUUACUCUCAUGCAGUGGAGCUGGCUGCUUUCAGCAUGUGUACGGACUUACCCAACAUACUCAUCUCUCACUGUCCUGCAGGUUUCCACCGUUCCACCGUUUCCACCUCAUCCUUCAUUGACUUCUCUAAACUGGCCUGCAUCUGGACUUCUUCUAGAAGAAAACUCAUCCGGCUGGUUCACUGCUGCACAGAAGAUGCAAAUGCACUUUUUAUUCUGAUUUACUUCCAGUUGUUGUUGCUUAUACAUAGUAGAGGAGAUCUGACUGCGUGGGAGUAAAGUAUUAUUGAUGUAUAUAGAUCCCAUAAUUAUAUUUAGAGUCAGAUGAGUAACAUUUUAUCCAGUAUUAAUUAGGACUACCAAUGACCAAUGAGCAGUCAGUCUUUGAAGAUCUACAUUUCAUCCUUGACAUUCAUUUUUAAUGUUGCUUGUACAGUUACUAAAUGGUGAAACUUCAAAUAAGAACCAUCCCACCGACAGUUCUCUUUUAAGAGAAAGAAAGUAAUUGUUGUCCUACUGUAUAUCGCGCUGUAUAUACUUGAUAUAUUAACCUCUCUAACCAAGGCACAAAUUUGAAAAAUGUCCUCUUGUAGUCUUAAAAAUGUUUGUGUUUUCAUUUGAAAAUAUGUAUAACUCACA